CCUUCGGGUUUCCCCGCUGAUGUCUGGGAGCAUGAGGGCCUCUUACCAGCCGCUCAGGGCAUCUUCCCGCCGCCUGGAGAGUCCCUUUUCGUGGGGCUUCCUGGGGGUCCUUCUGCUGGCCCUAGAGCUCCUGCUCCCCAUGUGCUCAGAUGCCUGUGGUGACCCACCAAGAUACCAAACUAUGAAACCCCAGGGUGAUCCUGCACCUCCUUAUAAUGCUGGGUUCACAGUAGACUAUGAGUGUCGCCCAGGAUACAGGCUUAUUGUUCCUCUUGUUCGUCCCACCACUUCUGUUUGUCAGCCUGAUGGCACAUGGGCACCUCCUCUCCGGGAGGCUUGUACAAUAAAGGCAUGUCCACAGAUGCAAGAACCCCAAAAUGGCAAACUAACCUACAUUGGUGGAGCUUCCAGUCUUGGCUCACAAGCUCAGUUUGUUUGUAAUAAGGGUUAUUAUUUAGUUGGAACAAAAAUUCUAAAAUGUGAACUCUCUGGAAAUGAUGUGACAUGGAGUGGUGAUCCACCAAGUUGUGAAAAGAUUUUGUGUAAACCACCUCAAAAAAUACCCAAUGGAGAAUUCACCAAUAGCCACAAGGAUACAUUUGAAUAUAAUGAAGUAGUCACUUACACGUGUAAGCCUUUGAAUAGAACAGAUCAAUAUUCACUGGUUGGAGAGAGCAGACUUAUUUGUUCUGGGCUUAACCGAUGGAGUAGUGACCCUCCUGAGUGUAAAGUGGUUAAAUGUGAAUACCCAGUACUGAAGAAUGGGAAAUUAGUGUCUGGAUUUGGAAAAACAUUUCUGUUCAAAGCAAAGGUUACUUUUGAAUGCCUGAAUGGAUUUUACCUUGAAGGCAGCAGCACUAUUGUCUGUGGAGCUGACAGUACUUGGGGCCCUAAGAUCCCAAAAUGUAUUAAAGGAGAUAAACCAUCAAGUAGUGCUGAUGACUUAGAUGGAGGACUCAUUGCUGUGAUUGUUCUGACUGUAUUUGGCGUUGCAGUGGUUGGCACCUGUGUCUAAAUGUCGUCACAUCAGGGAGAGUAAAUUAAACAUGUUUCUUGAACCUGU